AUGGAAGAAAAUUAUAAGUUCUGCCCAUAUCAUGGAAAGCCAUUGACUGAAGAUGGAAAAAUGUACACUUAAUUACAAUGAAUAAAAAAUUUAUAAUCGAUCGCCAUUAAUCUAUUUUAUAUAUUAAAAUAGGGUAGCAGUUGUCAGUAACUUACUAAUUAAUUAAAUUAUGGCCAUUAGACUUUAAAGUCUGGCCUUUUCGGUUGCCAGUAGGUAUGUUUCUAUUCAUUAUAAUUAUGUGUAUAAAUUGUGGAACUUUCAUUAAAAAACCCAAAUGAAAGAAAAAUCUAUAUGAAAAGCAGCCAUUUGAAGAUUCUUUUGUUGAUGAAAGCUUUUUAGCAAGCUUAAUUACACAAGGAGAAGGUAAAAAGUACGAGUUUUGAAAUUUAGUUGAAAAUACAACAGAAAUUACACAUGCUAUAAAUGCAAUGGUUCUAUUUUUUGGGUUUUUCGGAUUGGCAUAUUCAAAAGCACUCUCAGAAGAAGUUCUAUUAGGAUUUGAAUAUUUAUUUCUAUUUUGUGGGUAUGCUACUUAUACCUACUUAACUCAAAAUUUUUCUCUUAAGCCUGCAAAGACAGGGCUUUUGCUUUUGGGAACCUUAUUUACUUUGUGCCCUGUAUUAGAAACUAUUAAUAAAAAUUAUGCAGAUGACACAAUUUUUUUAAUGACUUUUAUAUUUUCGUUAUUUCACUUGAUUUUUUAUGAUUAUGGGUUUAUAUCAACUUAUUUUACAGGAGAAGCGUCAACUGUGCCAGGUGUAACUUCAAUGAAUUGUGCUUUGAUUUCUACUCUGCUUCUAAGCUCAAGAUUAUCUUCACUUAAUUAUGUAUUUUUUAUGCUUUCGCUUGCUUUCAUUAUUUUUGGAUUUUUGCCUUAUUUGAGGUGCGCAAUUAAACUUAAAUCAGAAACUGCAUAUAGAAGGCUCGGAUUUUUUUUGACGUUUUUGAAUGCAAUUUUAAUGAUGAGGUUUUCAUGGCUGCUGAGCGUUUUAGUGUUAGGUUCUUUUUAUUUUAUUAGGUAUAUAGGGCCAAUGUGACUUAUUUCAGUCUAUCAUUAUAAGAAUGAAGUUAAAGGACCUUGGGAUUUGCCAAAUAUUAAGUCAAGUAAUAAAGAUGAUUAA